AUGAAGACUAUAUAUAACGAUAAUGCUCAGAUCAGGAUUCGACUUGGCGAAGUUUACUAUAUAAAAUAUUUCUUUUCAUUCUGCACUUUGUUGGCUUGUCAGAGUAUUAGAGUAUUAAAAUACGUGUAUUGGAUUUUAAUAAAGCGAUUCGAUUAUCACAUGGUCUGUUGGGAAGUAACUUCAAGAGGAUUACUAGAAAAUGAAUAUAUUGCUUCAGCUGAAAUAAAUAACGAUGGAGAAGAUAAUGCUUAUGGCCUUCAUAAUGAUAGAAAAUAUGAAUGGAAGCGUGAAAUCGAAAAAAGAUAA